GGCGCGCAGGCGCGUCGCCGCCGGGUGUCACUUCCCUCGCCCCGCCUCGCGCGCCCUUCGCCGGAGCCUCAGAGGGUGGCCGCGCGGCGUGCGUCCGGGGCUGCAGUCAUGGGGCUCGGGUCGAAUUCCUCCGUGCGGGUUGAAUGGAUUGCAGCCGUUACGUUUGCUGCUGGAGCGGCAGCCAUUGGAUAUCUUGCUUACAAAAAAUUUAUCAGCAAGGACAGAUGCUGUAAUGGGAUGGUAAAUCUCCAUAUUCAGAAAGAUAACCCAAAGGUAGUUCAUGCAUUUGAUAUGGAAGAUUUGGGGGAGAAAGCUGUGUACUGCCGGUGUUGGAGGUCUAAGAAGUUUCCAUUAUGUGAUGGGUCUCAUACAAACCAUAAUGAUGAAACGGGAGACAAUGUGGGACCUCUGAUCAUCAAGAGAAAAGAUGCAUAAAUGAUGAAUGAUCUGGACACCGCACAAACAACCAUAUUGCAGUGUUUUCUGCUCACUUGUAAUUGGUGUAAAAAUGAGGUCUUAAGUCAUUUCACUGAAGAUUUUUAGAUGUGUGGUAUACAGUAUGCUGCAACUGAUGUAAUUCAUGGUGUUUGCCUUGCUUAAACACUACAAUGUAUGUUAGGAAUGAAUACUUGUGACCUUGCUUUUGUUUUGUCUUGUAAAAUGUACAUUCUCAUUAAGUGUAUUAAAAAAAAGACCUUUAGAAUGUACUCGGAACUAUGUAUGGGAAGAUAAUACAUUAAAUUAUUUUCAAAUAA